AAAAUAGUCGUUGCAGCCAUUGAUUUUGGGUCGACCUACUCUGGGUACGCCUUUUCGUUUCGCGAUGACUUCCAAACAAAUCCUUUGAAGAUUCACACCAACCACUGGUCAUCUGCACAGUCUGGUGGAGUAUCAUUCAAAGCACCAACAACUGUUUUGUUAAAACCUGACCAGACGUUUCACAGCUUUGGUUAUGACGCGGAAGAUAAAUACGCAGAGCUGUCUGAAGUAGAAGAACACCAAGAGUGGUACUACUUUAGUCGCUUCAAGAUGAAACUCAUGAAUGCACUGGAUAUAUCUAAAGACCAAACAGGGAGUGAUCAUUUGUUUACUAAACUGGAGAGAAACAUGGAAAUAGAAGACAUUGACAGUAAAAAGAUGCCGUUUAUGACCAUCAUAGCGCACGCCAUUCGAUAUCUCAAAGAACAUCUACUGCGCCAAUUAAAUGACAAAAACGUUCUAGAAUUAGUGACAGCUGACGGUAUUUUCUGGGUAUUGACAGUUCCCGCCAUCUGGACAGACUCUGCUAAACAGUUUACAAGAGAAGCGGCAAGAGAGGCCGGAAUUCACGACGAUCAGCUGAUGCUAGCGUAUGAGCCGGAAGCUGCCGCCCUGUAUUGCCGCCUACUUCCGAUUGAUAGUUUUGAGAGUGGAGGACAACACCAGGAGCUAGUGCUUAAAACGUUUGAACGAGGGAAAAAAUUUAUGGUCAUUGACCUUGGGGGAGGAACUGUCGACUUCAGCGUACAGGAAACCACUGAUGUAGGAAAAAUGAAGUCCAUUCAUGACGUUUGCGGGGGACCGUGGGGUGGUGCGAGAUUUGAUCAGGAAUUUAUUCAAUUUCUUAUCAAACUUGUUGGAGCGGACGUGUUUACCAAAUUUAAGGAUGAUUGUAGGUCUGAGUACUUGGAGCUGAUGCGAAUCUUAGAGAUCAAGAAAAAGCAAAUUGAUUAUAACUCUCAAAAUAAGGUUUUAAUCAGGAUACCACUUUCUUUGUUUGAAAUCUUAAAAGAAGUCACUGGAUGCAACAUUACUGAAAUAAUAUCAGACUCUCCCUAUCACGAGUCUACAACCUACUCGCAAGAUAAAAUGAACUUUGAUGCGAGUUUGUUUAGAUCUUUUUUUAAAAGUUCGUUACAAGAUAUUAUAUCUCAUCUACGAGAUAUAUUGGAAGACCCAGUUUGUCAUGAUUUGCUGGGAAUAGUGGUUGUCGGUGGCUAUGCAGACAGUCGUCUCGUCAUUGACAGCCUUAAAGACGCUUUUCCUGGAAAACGAUUUGUCGUACCUACAGAAGCUGGUCUCGCUGUUGCUAAAGGCGCCGUUCUUUUUGGUCAUGACCCAGAAAUCAUUUGCUCACGUGUGUGUCGCUAUACAUAUGGGGAUGACAUAUGCCUCCCAUUUAUUGAAAACAAACACAAAUUUAGCUAUUUGACAUUGAUAAACAAAGAACGGUUUUGCAGAAAUAUUUUUCAGAAAUUUUUCCAAAAGGGUGAAAAAGUCUUUCUUGGAGAAAAACGAUCUUUUUCUUCUGAUAUUGAUUUCCGCGACGAAGGCAGAGCUUAUCAGCGGGAAAAACCUUUCUCAAUAAAAGUUUAUGUGUCAAAUCGAAAAAACCCUGAGUAUAUUGAUGACGUCGGGUGCAGAGUUUUGGGUGAAGUUAUUGUUCAAUGUGAUAACAAAUCAAAACUUUGGCCUGAAACUUUUUCAUGUGAAAUACAAAUGGAAAUAGCAGGAACUGAAAUUCAAGUUACAGCAACUUUAAGUACUAAAGAGAGAGCAACCGCAAAGUUUGAAUUUUUGUAACUCUCCAAAUUAAAACGAAUGCACUUUUGUUUUGGUUGUAAGGUUUAAAACAGUUCAUAAAAAAGUUCAGUAAUUAAUUAACUGUAAACUUAUCUUCAGUAUACAUUUUAUGCUUACAGUCUUAAUUUCAUUCAAAUUCAUAGAAAAGAAUAACUUAGAUUGGUAGGUAUCUUAAAGUUUCGAUUCGUUGAAUUUCAACGCACUUAAACUACAAGAAAUCAACAGUUGGAGUCCUAUGAUGUUACCUUGAGAAAUCGAAUUUUAUAAGAGAGUGAAACCUACACAUUGCGACUUUAGUGUAAUGAUGACAGGAAGGAAUUAAAAGUAGACGAGCAAUAAAAUGUUGAAUUCAACAUCAGUUCUUUUCGUAGAAUCAUUGAGUUUGUUAAUAAAAGUGUAAUUAUAUAAUUUUUGGUGUUAUGACUGUGAUCUAAAACUGUUUAAAAUGUAGUUGU